GUGAAGACGACGGUCGAUUCAUUCAGCUACAGUUUGUGUCGGGGAUUUAAAAAAUCAACCUAGUAAAUGUUCAAUAUGGACUCCUCCAAGAUUGCCCCAAGUCCGCCAACGUAUAGCCCAAAAUUUCAAAAUAAUGUGAAUCCCAUAGAUAGUGCUCCACCCACUCAAAUAAUUUACUCAGCACCGCCACCAUAUCCGGGGACUCUUCCGAUGAAUAUAGAUUACUUGUCACCACACCCGCAAACCUGUAUCCCAGAAGCUCAGAAUAAUAUGAAUUCCACAGUCAAUACUGCACCCCCUCCAAUGUAUUACUCAUCACAGUCUCAGCCGAUGAAUCUGGUAAAUCAAAGAAGUCAAAGUAGCGAGAUCUGUCCCAAGUGUCAAGCUGAAGUCAAAAUGCGCGUCAAGUAUCAUUCAACGGCAAAGACCUAUGCUAUCUCAGGAUUGUUUUGCCUGUCUAUGUUGUGGCCCUGCGUCUGCUUGCCCUGUCUUUACCAGGUGGGCUACAAGUUAGGUAAAUUUUGCCCCCACUGCUUCGUUCGUGUUGGCGAUGUGUAAACUGUACUUUUAACACGUGAAUAAGCUUAUAUCAAACAUAUCAAUAAGCUUAUAUCGAAUGUACUUAUAUCCACAAAAUAAUCAUUUAUAAUAAUCAACAACAAACUGUAUUUAAUAAAUAAACUAUGUUACUGUAACUUUACUUGUCCAAAUUAAAUUAUUGUGUCUGUGUUUGGUACAAAAAAUAAAAUAAUCG